GCAGUUGAAUCGUCGUAUGGUCGAGCACCCGACAAAUUCAGAAUAGAACGAACCCACCGUACACGUUAGUUUUACGCCGAUCCGGCUUUUCAAGUCGACAGACUUUAAUUUUAUGAAUAUUUUUAAUUUUGUCAAUCGAUUUAAUUACAUGCGUGUCGUGCGAAAAACAGUUGAUUUUCUUGUGCCCGGUGGGAUUUAUUUCCAAUAGUUGUUUCCAAUAAUUUUUUGAAUUAAUGGACAAAACGAAAACAACAACAUGAACAAAUACGUGAAACUAUUUUUUCACCGAAUCGCCAAAGACUUCAAGCAAAAAGAGCUUUUGCCCUUGAAGCUUUUGUUUUUCAUGCACUCUUCGACAAUAUUGGUAUUGUAUCCGUAUUUGACGAUACAUAUGAGAGAAUUGGGAAUUAACGCGGAAGAAACAGCCAUAAUGUCAGGGGUAACACCCGCUGUGGCAAUUCUCAUGCCACCAUUAGCCGGCAUGAUAGCAGAUAAAAUUGGAAAUUUCCGACUGUUACUGUCUGCAUUCUCAGUAGUCGGAGGAGCAUCGGCGAUGUUGCUGCUUCUAGUACCUGUUGGACGUGUAACACUUACAUUCCCCAAUGAUGUAAUAUUUGGCCUGAGUUGCGUUCCAAAUUCGGUUCCUUCGUUGACGCUAAACGAGGCGCAUUCGUGUACAACUUUAAACCCCCACAACAAUUCGAUAGAAGCGGAACUAACUUUGCGAUCCUGCGGAUUUGCUUGCAGCGUGAUUCUAGAGGAUAAUUACACCAACGCGAUUUUAAACACAAAACGAUACGAAAUCAAGAUAACGGACUUAUCCGAUCAAUCUUCCUUGUCCUACGCUUACACGCCCGAGGACGACGAUAUUCACGAGCCGGAGAUCCUUUCGAAAUCCAGAAACCACAAAACGCUGAAAAACAACGAGAGAUACUUAACGUCCGUCAGAAAGCUUACGGAACGCGUGAUAUAUUUUCCGUCGCAAUCGUUGUAUAAUUUUUCCUGCGACAUCGGGGACGAAGGGCGCGCGGAUUGCAUGAUGGGCUACGGUGACCAUUUCAAAAAUUUCGAAAAAAUUAACGCGACCUUCAAAGCGACCCUGGCCGUGGAAGAAAUAUCCCACGACGAUUUCGAAGAACGGAGACGAAGUUUCCUCAUAAAUCGAGUGGAAAACAGACAGAACGUGAGCUGCUUGACCAACGAAAAUCUGUCGCGAAAACAAGUCAUCGUCACAGUGCCGUUGAAGGGCAAUAACGAUUCGAAAAUACGACACCUGGAUUUGGGGAGUUGCGCCAAGAAAUGUCUCGUCACCAGUCCUCGGAAUCAAGUUUGUUCCAAUCGAAAAACCGUCAUGGAAUUGGAUAUGCAAUUGACGUUUUGGAGUUACUUGGUUAUCCGUGUGUUCGUCGGCAUCGUCAGCGGUACCUCGUUCGCCAUGUUCGAAGGGGCCGUCAUCGCAAUUCUCAGGGAGCACAAGGCAGAUUACGGCUUGCAACGCAUAUACGCCAAUUUUGGUGGCAUGAUUAGCUCACCGAUUUCGGGAUAUAUGAUUGACUACGCCAGCAGAGGGAAAGGAUACACCGAUUUCAGACCAAUUUUCUUCCUAUACGCGGGCUUAAAAAUCGUGAGCGGUGUGUUUAUGUUGUUCAUAAACUUAGAAUUCAAGAAGGCGGCCAAAAGCAUCGUAACGGACGUCAUCGAAGUGCUGAAGAAAUUAGAAUUAAUCGCUUUGUUCAUUUCUUGCCUGGUUUUAGGCAGUGCCUGGGGUUUCAUCGAAAGUUUCCUGUUCUGGCUUCUGGAAGACUUGGGCGGCUCGAAAUCGUUAAUGGGUCUCACCAUAACAGUUGGCGGAAUAGUGGGUAUUCCUCUGUUGGUUCUUUCCGGCCCUAUAGUGAAGAAACUAGGUCACGCCAACGUUAUCUUCGUCGGAUUCAUAUUUUUCGCGAUAAGAUUGCUCGGCUACUCGCUGAUCUACAACCCCUGGCUUUGUCUCGUGUUCGAAGCAAUGGAAAGUAUCACAUUCGGUCUUAGUUUUACCGCCGCAGUGACUUACGCAGCGAAAUUAUCAACAGUGACGACCGAUACGAGUAUCCAAGGAAUGCUCGGUGGUCUCUACUACGGAGUGGGAAAGGGCGUCGGCAGUUUCAUCGGCGGUUAUUUGAUCAAACCUAUCGGUAUCCGACAUACGUUCCAGCUGUUCGCCUUACUAGCAUUAGUGACCGGGUUGAUAUAUUUCGCCUUUUACCACCUGUACAUGAAACACCGUCCUUCCGAAGGCACCGACAUCGCUAAAAAGGACAAAAGCAAACCGCCGGACGGUUUCGACAAUAUCAACUUGAGGAACACACCGGAAACGUUGCCGGUUCACGACAUACCUCCCGUGGGAUACGAGGAUUCCAUGUGUAAUCCAGCUUACGAGACGACCGAAGACGAAGAGACAGAAAUGCAGACGCCCAAGCCGCAAGCGUGAAGGCGACACUCGGUAUAUACUGUGCGGGGUGUCAUAUUUGGAACAAAUGGGAUUUGAAAAAAAUGGUGAAAUUUUCAAAAAUACACUCAAAUUGCAUUAAACGCAUUUGGUUAGAGUUUAACAUUUCUAUGAAGUGCCUUCUAUUCUAUGCUAUAAUAAUUUAAUUAAUUGUCCUUCCUUGAAAACUAUUUGAAUUGGCAUCGGCAACACUUUUUUUUAAGUUCCAUUUGCUGCGAUCGUAAUGCACAACACUCCGUAUAGGGGCCACAUUCCCUUUCUCAAUCAGUAUUGAACGAUAUCAAGUUUUUAAAUUAUUUAGAGAGACUUCUAUUUUUGCGCGUGCAUGUUCCUAAAUUCGAGUUUGCUAGUUUAGUGUACAGUUCCAAAAAUUAUGUUUUUGACAAUUUUAAAACCGACCCAAUUAAAAAGACGCGUACGAAUUUGACGGUGAUAGAUUAACCGACGGUAAAAUUUCGUAUAAUCAUUCGACAAUUCAAACACAAACUUCCCGGAAAAGCUCUAUUACGUUUGAUGAUGUUUUUUUACCGGUUCGAAUAAGAUCAUCAAAAAAGUGCGUCUACCUUAAUAAACGAAACGAGUUGAACUAAUCGAUAGCUGGGGAUAAUGUUUAUUUUAUUUGUAGCUUAUUGUUGAUAGCCAUUUUAUAUUCGUUAUUGAUUUUGCGUGUUUGUUAAUAUUAUUCUUUCGUCGUAAUUUUGCUUGCAAACUAUUGACGGGGAUCCAUCGGAAAUUUACACAUUAUUUACAUUAGAUAUACACUAGAUAUAGAUAUACAACUUUUUUUUUAAUUCAAGCAAUGUUGAAAGUUAUUUUUGUUUUCCACGAAAAAUUUUAUCUGUGAUAAAAUAAAGCAACCUUA